AUAUAUAAAUAUAGUAUUUAUAAUAUAUAUUAUGUAUAUAUAUAGAAUGUAUAGCAUUAACCUAAUAACUGCACGCUCAAAUGUGAAUGAGUGUGUCGGCAUUGUUGAGAGCUGCUGUAAUUUUUGAAAUAAAUAAAAAAAAACCUCUAAUUACUGUAACUGCGUAUGAGAUGAACUGGUUAAAAGAUUGAAGCUGAAAAUUGGCGCUGUUAGAAAAUUUGAUUUCAGUUUGGGCCUGGAAUUUAGAGACGAAUGAAGCUUGUGUGGAACUGACUACGCAUAUUUGAAAACGAAGUGUAAUUAAACUAAGGGAAAUCAAAAAAAUUCAAACAUGAUUGAUAAACGGAAAGCAACGGAAAUAAAUUUGCCACGUCUCGGGCAACGUCACGUACAAAUUUUCUUGCUAUUCACUUCAAUCAUAGUAAAUUAUGUUGCCAAAUUCAAUGCAGGAGUAGCUGUGGUGGCGAUGACCGAUGCGGCGACUACAAAUCCCAACUUUCCGGAAUACAAGUGGAGUGACAUGCAGAAAUCGUAUAUAUUGUCGAGCUUCUUCUGGGGUAAUUUUAUUACACAAUUCCCCGGUGGUUAUCUCUGCCGUCGCUUGGGCGCCAAACGUACGAUGUUUAUUUCAACACUAGGCUCUUCAUUAUUUGCUCUUCUUCCACCGCUCUGCGUUAAUUGGGGCGGUUGGGGUAUCUACUGUGGCAUACGUAUUGUACAGGGACUCUUUCAAGGGUUUCUCUUUCCCUGCAUACACGCACAUCUCGCAGCCUGGUGUCCGGUGAGUGAACGCAAUCGAUUGGGCGCACUGGCCAAUACGGGCAUUGAAUGCGGUACGUUGCUCUCCAUGUUCAUAAGUGGCUUAAUUGCGGCCUCAAGCAUCGGUUGGCCAGGAUUGUUCUAUGUAUCUGGUGCCUUGGGUUUAGUUUGGUGUCUCGCUUGGUUGUUCUUAGCCGCCAAUAAGCCAGCAGAUUCGCAAUUUAUUACAAACGCAGAACUUGAUUACAUAGUGUCCUCGCAGAAUAGCACGAAAAAAGUGGAGUCGGAUGAAGUAGAGCAAACGAUUCCAGUGCCUUGGCAUGCUAUAUUGACUUCGUUGCCAUUUUGGGCCUUAGUAGUGGCACGUUCCGCGCAUUCUUGGGGUUUCUCGACGCUGCAAGCUGAACUGCCUUCUUAUAUGAAGGGUGUGCUGAAUAUGGACAUGAAGAGCAACGCUUUGUACUCGGCGCUGCCUUAUUUGGCAAUGUGGUGCAUGUCCUACAUUUAUCUGGUUGUUUCGGAUGUGCUACUCAAUCGUAAGAUAGUCUCACUCACUAUUAUACGCAAGACUUUCAAUACAAUCGCCUUUUGGAUACCGGCUACCGGUCUCGUAUGCAUUGGACUCCUCGGAGAGGGGCAGACGAGUUUUGCUAUUGUUCUAAUGACGCUAAGUGUGGGCUUGAACGCUGGUGCUACUAUCGGCAGCGCUCUGAACACCAUUGAUCUCUCGCCGAAUCAUGCAGGAAUUCUUAUGGGCAUCGUGAACUCAGCUGCCAAUGUGAUACCGAUACUCACGCCGCUGCUAGUCGGUCUGGUGGUGAAGGAUGAGCAUAAUCGCGUACAGUGGCAGUUAGUCUUCAUAAUAUCAGCUGUCGUCUUUGCUUCGGGUAACUUGUUCUAUUUGAUUUUUGGCAAGAUGUACCUACAGCCCUGGGAUGAUAAAGAUUAUCUAUCGAAGAAAAGUGAUAAAAAUUCCGAGCUGCCGCAUAAAGAGUAUGUUCCAGCUAUAAGCAGUUGAUGAGCUCUAACUUUAAGGAUGUAAAUCUAUGUUAUAUCAAAAAUACUUUUGCACACCUACUUCUUAGAAAUGUAAAGGGUGUUUUUUUAAACCUGUGGUUUUCAAGAAGAAAUAAAACGCAUAUAAUUUAGUGUUUUA